AUCCAUGAAUGGUCUGGGUUAAUGAAGUGUUACCCAACCUUAUCUGAUCUCAUCUUGUCAGAGGUUGUUCUGGCAAGUGGAAGGGAUUCUCUCUCUAUCUCUCUCUCACACACUGUCUCUCUCUCUCUAUAGGCGGGCCAGAGAGUACAGAUGAGAGAGGAGAGGACAGGAGAGGAGAGAGGAGAGAGGGUCUUGAAGGAAUCUGCGAGUGUUGAUCGUGUUUUUUAGGAGACCUCCUCAUCCCUGAGUGACAUGGACCCCCAGAACCAGCUCCCCGCCCGGGGGGGAGGGCCGGACUACCGCCGAUACACGGUGGCGGAGGGACCGGACCCCGUCCCCAUCGGCGCCACCGUGAUCCGCAGGGCCAAGCGGCCGGCGGGGGGGGGGUGCCCCGGGAGGCUGAGCCCCGAGGGAUCCGGGGGCCCCGGGGCGGGGGGGCCCCGGGGGGAGCACCCCAAAGACGGGCCCCUGCAGAGCGGGCCGUCCCUGGGACCGGACCCCGAAGCCACGCAUCUCCUGUGGCCUUGA